AUGUUCAAGCCCUCCAGCUCAACUCAGAGCUCGCACACUGUUGUCCAAGCUGACAGGAAAGGCAAAGGAGUGAGCGCUGGGCAAGCUUGUGGGAGAUUUCCCGGAUAUGAGAACCUUAAGGACGAACUGCGCCUGGCGUUUGAGUCUCCGCAGGAUGAGCACCACCGUCGCUCGGCUUUCUUGGCGCUGAAGCAGAGUCGCCUGUCGAUGCUGGACUAUAUCCAGCAAGCAAGACACGUGGAGCCCUGCAUCGUCACCAAUCUGAUCGAUACAGUUACAAAAGUCCACGUGUUCGUCACGGGAAUGAACGCUGCACAUCAGCGUUUUUAUUUGCGCGGGAGCUCCCUACGUCGCUUGAAGAGGUGUCUGCGAUCGCGUUGCGCAAAGACCUCAGUGCCAUGGCUUCGCGCAUGGAGCAUUCUUUGCCUUCUCCCGCUUCUCAAGAGACUGUCCCAUGGAGAUUGGCGUGCUAGAUACAGGGAAUCGAGAAGGCAAUCGAGUUUCUAUACCGCGUUAAGAGAGAUGACGUCUCAACCGACAAUAUUCAGGAUGUCUUUUACAACAAAAUGA